GAUCAGCGUGGCGGGUUGCAGCCCUCGCGUCACGUCUGAAAGGACCCCGGCCCCUUCUCUCUCUCUCUCUUUCUUCCCCCCCCUUCCCGAGUCUACUGGUUCCUGGGCCGGGCCAGGGGACGACCCCCCCUCCGACAUCCAUCCACACCCCCACAGCCCCGGCUCGGCCGCCCCGCUUUGCGCGCUGCUUCCAAGGGGAGGAGACUAAAAGUUUCUCCCUCUCGAGGCGCGCCGAUCGCGGCAAUCGGACCUGCCUGCGGACGGAAGGGGAGGCGAAGCCGCCAGCGCCAGGACUGAGGCAGGGAAGGACGCCGCCGACUCGCCCCACCGCCCCACUUCCAAGGGGGUCGCCGAUCCUGGAGGCGGAAGGGACGGGGGCGCCGAGGCUUCUGCAUCCCAUCGUUUUGCACGGCGAUUCUAGACUUGUUUAGACGGAGCCAUAAAGAUUGGAGAGAAAGAGGUCUCUUCCAGCGCACAAGGGCCAGGAAAAUGCCUCCAUCGGCCGGAACUUCCAGAGGUGGUCCCUUCUUUGCUUCUUUGGGGACUUCCUGUUCGCCCCUGACUGGCUUCUUCCGAGGUGAUUUUUGAAGAAGGGAAGCUUCAAGGUCUCUUCCAGGUCUCCGUUGCAUGUGAAACCAAAGGUUUCCCGGUGGCAAAAACAGGGCCGGUAUUGCCGAGGGACGAAGGGCAGUUUUCCCUCCCUCCUUGCCUGCCUGUUGAUGGAAGAGGUUCAGGGGUGACCGGACACCCCAACGUGAAAUGGAUCCGAGCGCCGGUUCGCGCUUGGCUGAUUCGCCACAGCUCUCCAAGAGCAGCCUCCUCCACAUCCUGGGCAGCCCGCCGCCUGAGAGGAUGAGCUUGUCGGAAUCUAUGCCCCCCACCCCAAAGAGUGGCACCCCCUCGCCGGGGCUGCCCCAGCUGCCUCUGCUGAGCGCCGCCUGCCUCGACGGCGACUGGGAAAGCCGGGAGGAGCUGCGCCUGCGGGAGCUGGAGGAAGCCCGGGCGCGGGCCGCCCAGAUGGAGAAGACCAUGCGCUGGUGGUCCGACUGCACGGCCAACUGGCGGGAGAAGUGGAGCAAAGUGCGAGCCGAGCGCAACAAAGCCCGGGAGGAGGUGCGCCAGCUGCGGCAGAAGCUCGAGACCCUGACCAAGGAGCUGACCGGCUUGAAGCGGGAACGCCAGGAGGUCCUGAACGAGAAGGAGCAGCUGGCCAGGGAGGUCGGGCGGCUGAAAGGGGAGGGCGGGGAUGGGAAGGAGAAAGACUUGGACAACCGGCUGGCCUCCGAGAAGGAGAGCGAGGCCUCCCCGGAGCAGGAGCCGGUGCGCGACGUCAACUCGGAGAAGGCGCCCAAAAAUAAGUCCUUGCAAGAGUUUGAGCUGAUGGAGAACCUCCUGAAGAGCAAGCAGGAAGGGCCAGAGUGCUGGGAUCAACGGAGCUCGGUCAGCGUCCGCUCCUCGUUCGCCCGUCCGGAGAGGAACCGGCUGCUGUGGGAGGACGUCUCAGUCAUUGAGGAGGACGCCACCAAGAUCACGGCCUUGAAGCUCCGUCUGGACGAAUCCCAGAAAGUGCUCCUCAAAGAGCGGGAGGACAAGCUGUCCCUCAGCAAGAACAUCGAGAAGCUGGAAGGGGAGCUGAGCCAGUGGAAGAUCAAGUACGAGGACCUGAACAAGAACAAGCAGGAAGUGCUGAAGCAGCUCAACAUCUUGAAGGAGAUCCACCAGGAUGAGUUGGGACGCAUCUCUGAGGAUCUAGAAGACGAACUGGGGGCACGAUCCAGCAUGGACAAGAAACUGGCUGAGCUGCGCUCGGAGAUGGAGCGUCUCCAGGCAGAAAACGCGGCAGAAUGGGGGAAGCGGGAACGCCUCGAGACGGAGAAACUGAACCUCGAACGAGAGAACAAGAAGCUGCGUGCCCAGAUCGAGGACCUGGAGGAGGUCUUGGCCCGGAAGAGGAGACAGACGGCCAGCGCCCUGGACACGGAUUUCAAGGCCAUCCAAGCGGAGCUGUUCGAAAAGAACAAGGAACUGGCCGACCUGAAGCACGUCCACACAAAGCUCAAGAAACAGUGCCAGGAGAAAAUGGCCGAGCUGGCCCACGCCAACCGGCGGGUGGAGCAGCACGAGGGUGAGGUGAAGAAGCUACGCCUGCGCGUCGAAGAGCUGAAGAAAGAGCUGGCUCAAGCGGAGGACGAACUCGACGAGGCCCACAACCAGGCCCGGAAAUUGCAGAGGUCCCUCGAUGAGCAGACGGAGCAAAGUGAGAACCUCCAAGUUCAAGUGGAGCACCUGCAGUCCAGGCUGCGCCGUCAGCAGAACAUCCCUCUUUUUGGGAAGAUUCGUGGUUCCCGCUUCGGCCCCGACGAUCCGGGCGACGGCACCAGCGACGUCGAUGACGAGGAAGACCUUCAGAUCCAGGUCCCUUAACCACCGGCCCCAGGUUCGAAUCCAUGCCGCUAUAGCUGAGUGACCCAGAGGGCUACGGAGUAGACCUUAGCUCUUGUCUUCCAAGAGUUACUCUUGGGCAGCAGGAGUGCUUAGCCUCUCCCUCCACUGACUCAAGGGGAGACCAACCCAGGAUGAUGAGAGGCUGAGGAAAGGGGGUCAUCCGCACUGUAACAUCUGCUGACUAGGAAGGGAGAUGAAGAUACGACGGUUUCAUGGAAGGAGGUAACUUAUGACAGCUUCUUCCUUCCCCGGUCCUUAAAACUCCCAAGUCCAUUCAGAAACAAUAAGCAAAGCCAAAACCUCAUGUUCAAAGCAAUGGGGUCCACUUGGCUACAUUUCAACCUCCCUUGUAUGGCAACCUUCAGAUUCUGCUGCAUCUUCUUCCUGCUUCCAGGCAUAAUCCCUGCCCAAGACAUGUUUUCUCUUAUGGCUGACGGACUCUGAGCAUCCCCCCCGAUACAGCCCCCCCCCACAGAGCACCUCUGAUCCCAGUCCAUAGGGAGCCAAGCACAGAGAGAAUAAACCUCCCCCAUGGAGGGUUGGGGACCCAGAAGGUGGGAAGGAGAGGGUGGGAAUCUCCGUGACCAUGGGAUCAAUUGAGGCUGUCUUGCCUUAUAACUUCCGUCUCUUACCUCCCACCAAGCCGGCCGAACUGGGGGGGGCCUUCCCUUUGCUCCUCCACACCUCAUCAAGUAAAAAGGACUGAAGUAACGGGCCGGAUGCAAAGACAGCAGAGUGAACGUAAAAGCUGGUGAAAAUGUCACCUGUGGCUUUAGCUUACCCAUUACAUAUGCCUCUCUGUGUGUGUUGUAUAUAUUUUUAUAAUAAAUACUGAGCUAGCCAUGGAAUCUGGAUGUGGUUGG